UAUUACUUUUUGUUUAUGCUUUAUUCCAUUUGCAUUGGUGAAAGAUUUUUAAGCAGAUUUAAAUUUUAAAGAGAAGUAAAUUUAAAAUAUUAAGGUAAUUAUAAUGUAGAUGGUACACAAGGCUAACCGUAAUAACCGUGGCCCUAUAACAAAUGUAAUUCUGGAAACACUGAUCAAGGUCCAUCCCUCUCAUAAGGAAACAAACGAGGAAACUGAGGUUCAGAGAAAGAAGGUACUAUUUUCUAAGAUUACACAGCUAGCUCUCCUGGGAACCGAAGCUCAGUUCUCCUAUGCUUCCCCCACCCCCACAUCUCUCCAUGCAUCAGAGAACAAAUGGUACAGUGCUGAAAGGAAAGUAACUGGACAUAAAAUAACAGACUAUGUGCUGUCCUUUGUCAGGAAGGGACUGGUUCAAGAGAGGAGCCAUAGAGAAGGCAAAGACUUGUACAGAACCUGUUUGGGGGUCUGUGCUCAUCAUCAAGUCUAAGGCAAUUCCCAAGAACAGCGAGAGAAGUCUGAGUUGGCCUCAGAGGUUGUAGUGGCAGAGUUUCCUCUUGGAAUCCAGUAAGAGUGGCUUGAACCCCUGCUUCCCCACUUGGUAAGGAAUCAGUGUACAUCUUGCAACUCAUCUGUAAAAACCUUUAGGAAUAUUACCUAACGUUUAUUGGGCACAUUAUCCACCAAGCCCCUUUGAUGCAUUAUGUCAACCCCCAAAAGAACACUAGAAGGCAGUUAUUAAUAUCUCACUUGGACUUCGAAUGAUUAAAGUGCUUACCAGCAUCUCUAGAGCUAAACAAGGGCUGGAGUAGGAUUCAAACCCAAGCAGUUUCAGUCCAGAGUCUGGCCUUAACCACAGUCCCUUGCUGUGAAAAUUAAAUGCAGAGAAGGGUUGUAAAACACCAUGCGCAGUGCUUGGCACCUGGGAGGUAAACCGUCGGCACCUUCCCCAGCAUCCCUCUCUGUCUCGCACCAGGGCUAGUCACUUUCAGCCCGGCAUCCAGAACCUUCUGACUACAACUCCCAGGAUGCACCAGGAGGAGAGGCUGUCCAAUGAGGAAGCGCGGCCUCGCUUCCGCUGCCAGUUCGCCUCAUCCAGCGGUAGAGCUUCGUGGACGGUGGGCAGUAGCUCAGGAGUGAGUGAGUGAACUAGGAUAAAUUACCCCCGACUCAGGAAAAGGCAGAGGCAAGAAACUGACUUAAAGAUGUUUAAGAAUAAUGUUGCAGACCAUAAGCUAAAAAUGGAAACCCUGAUUAAAAACAUUAGCAUUAUUUCUUUGGAGUUGAAGAAGUUGAAAGAGCUCUCCCAGCUACUACUUUGUGACCUUACUUUACAUUUUAAUCAUCCUGUGAAGGCAGAUGACUUCAAGGAAACAGAAGAGAUAAACCCCGUCUUUGAAGAGUCUAGAGUAUCACAUCUAUCACUUGCUUCUAACAGCUUUUCUAUCUAAUUUCUUAUUUGUUGUAAAUUUAUAACUAUUUAUUUUUGAAUUACAUCUCUGGGAGAAUUGAAUUUACUAAUAUAUUUAAAAUGAUAAAAAAAAUAAAAAUAUGAGGAGAUGUAAAUAAUCAUGUCAUGUUCUUGAAGGCUCUUUUAUUGUUGUUUUAAUGUUUCAAAAAAUGACUAAUUUAUUUCACUAAUGGCCAGGAAAUUGUCUGUGGGGUACUGCUCACCCUUUACCUUAUGCUUGAAUUUGCCUGAGGUUGAAAAAGAGUUUCUAAAUGUUAAGUGGAUGGUGUGCAUUUAUGUUAGUCAGAUCUCUUCUGGUACGAAGUGCCAACAACAUUGUAAGCUAGCUGAAGCAUUUACUGGGUCAUGUGACCCAGUCCACUGUUGGGGUAGAUUUCAGGAUGCCACUACUUCAACAAAUGUCUCCAUCCUGGUUCUGUUUCUGUGCAUUAGCCUUGUCCUCUCCUGUUAUAGACUUGUUUCCUACAUAGAGCAGACAGAAGUGGGUAGAAGCAUGGCAGUGGACAACUCCAGGUGUAGAGCAUACCUCUUGGGGACUCAGAGAAAAGAGAGAUUCUCUUUCAGCCUCUGCAUUUCAACAUUCCAGGGAAGGACCCUGAUACUAGCCCAGCUCGCUGAGACACUGAUGAGUGAGGUGCUAAGCAAAUGUUUGGUGAGGCUGGGAUCAUAUGCCAGGUCUGUGGCCAAAGGAGGGAAGGUUCCAUCAAAAGAAUGGAGUUGCCAUGGCCUGAAGAAAGGGAGAAAGAAUGCUAGUCAUAGAAACAUCAGAUACUCACUGAUUUCAGUCAUAGGGGCAGAAUAGCUUUUUGUUUUAGGAUACCUUUAUCUUAAAAUGAAUUUUUGUCCUUUUCCACCAAAAGAGACUUAAAAUAAUCUUUGGUUUGCCUUGCAAACAGAGUUCACUACAAAAUAGCUGCUCUGAAAUCUAUCUGGUUCUUCAUUUUAGGUAGUUUUGAACAUAAAGGAGAUAAUACCAUGAAGCAGGACACAAGGCCCACUCUCUCCAUCAUAGAACUUGGAGUGUCUGCUAUCCUCACUCUCCAGCAACUCACCCAUGUUUAAGGAAGAACAGGCACUGUGCAAAUGCUUGGGAAUAUGCUGUUAAAUAGACAUGAAAAUGAAUGCAGACUUUUCAGCUUCAGAAUUCCCAAGUUCUGGACCCUAAAUUAGAUUCUCUAAAAGUUUCCACUCGAUAUCUUAGCAAAUCAUCAGUUUUAAUCCAGUGACUUCCAAGACCCCUUCCAAUGUUACUUAGCUCAUGAAAAUGAAGAUGAAAAAUACCCUUUGUUGCUCAGAAAACUUGUAAAUUAAGCAGAGAAGCCCCAAAUUUUUGUUGUUAGUAAAGUUUGUGAAUAACCAAGGCUCCCAAGGAGAAAAGUUAUACAGCUGAAUGCCUGGGCUUUGUUUUGCUAAAUGCGCACUACUUUUUGUUAAGACAGAUAGUAAGCAGAAGGAAAGAGCUGAAUUGCUUCAAAGAAUCUAUAAAACUUUUUGUGGAAGGAUGAGAAGGGCUUUAUGGCAGUUGUCAGAGGAAUAAAAAGAGAUAGAAGAAGGUAUCCAGUAGGAAAAUCUGGUCAAAUUUGUCUGCGUGUAUGCAUUGCUCUUCAUCUUCCUAAGAAGACUUUGGUAAAACCUGCAUCACUUGAAAAUAUUUACGGAGUUGGGUAGGAGGGUAGAGAAAGUCGGAUGUGGGUAUUGGGAUAUGAACUGAAAUCCAGGUGUAUUU